CGCUUCGAGCCUACUCUGGAGGCCCCCAAUCGUGUUCCACCCGAGCGCCUCUGCUUGCACUUUAACUCCCACUUCCGAUUGCUCGGGUGCCGCCCCAGCUCCUGCUGUGUGACCCCAUCACCGGCCACCAGCACUGCAUAGCCAUUCCACCUGGAUUUGAUCGGAUCAAGUCCUUGAUCAAUGGGGCGGUGCUCCGCUCUGCUGCCGGCGAGGUCCACUUCCAGUUCCAGGUCGCCUUGGUAGUGGCAAACGACAACAACAACAAGGUGCUCGCUUGCGUUUACUCGUCAGAGACCGGGGUGUGGGGUAAUCUCAUCUCCACAUCGAUUCCAUCCUGGAACUUCUUUCGUCCCAUGGUUUCUUCGCAGCCUGCGGUACUGGUUGGGGAUUCCCUUUACUGGAUACUUAAAGGUGGUUCGGAAUGUAUCCUUGAGUUCGAUUUGCAGAGUGAGAGCCUAGCCUUUGUACAGAUGCCAGUGGAUAGGAUUAAUGUCCCCUGCUAUACACCGAUGCGGGCAGAUGAUGGUGAGCUGGGUUUACUCUCCGUGACUGGCACCACCGCCCAAUUAUGGAAGAGGAAGGCCGGUUGUGAUGGUGCUACACCAUGGUGGGUGGGAAGAACUAUUGAGCUGGACAAGCUACUUUCUCUGGAUUCAGGGGAGUCUACAUGGAUACAAGGGUUCGCUGAGGACAAGAAUUUGGUGUUCCUGUGUGCUGGCAGCAGCAACUUCACGGUCCAACUCGAAUCUUUGCAGUUGAAGAAACUUUCCAACCCCAGAAUGGAUCGCUAUCAUCCAUUUGGAAGUGUCUAUGCUGCAGGGAAAUACAGCCCUUUUUUCACUCGUGGGGAGGCUGCAAGGCAACAAGCUUGGGACAUGCAGAAUAACCAAGAGGACACAAACUGCAGCAAGUAGUUCAAAGGCAGAGGAGGAAAGAUACAUUCAUGCCAAUCUCAGAGAAACAAGCCAAGGAAAAUAGGUGCAUCUUCCAAUCAGACCAGGCUAGGCUUGAAGAAACCUACAAGGGUUAGCAUGUUUGAUGAAUUUAGGUGAGCAGAAAUCUCUAGUCGUCAGAAAUGGGGAUCUUCAUGACUUUUGUGUUUCUACUUACUGUAUGAUAAGAUGCAAAGCUUGUAAUGGCUAUGUUUUGUUUAUGAUCAUUGUGCUGAUCAUAAGACUAGUAAAUUUGUGAACCUAGUAUGUACUGUUCAGGUUCAGAACUUAUGCUCUCGUACUACAUGUUCACUUCAUA